GGAAAGGCUGUUUACAUCAUGGGGCACCCAAAAUUUAUUAUGGAAAAAACAAUUUGUAAAAUUCUUCGAAAUAAAUACAAGGAUAUAGCACACAUUGUAGUUGACGAGGCUCAUUGUGUUGUGAGCUGGGGGCACGAUUUUCGACCACAAUUUUCACAAAUUUCAAAGUUUAGGUCCCUCUUUCCAAAUGCUAAAUUCGUAGCCCUGACGGCCACUGCAACGGUUAAAAUGCAAAAAGAAAUUGCAGAGAAUUUAUGCAUGUCCAAAAAUUUCCACACAAUUUCAAGUAAUACUAUUCGCGCCAACAUAAAACUAAAUGUCUCCAAAAGGUGUGCAUCAACAGGUGGACAUUACACAGCAGAAGAAUCCUUUGAAACAUCUUUGAAACCAGUGAUUUCUGAGCUCUGUCUACAAUUUCAAAACUUUGACAGAACAAUUGUUUACAGUAAGCUUAAAUACUGUGCUAUGGGAUUUGAGCUAGUAAGAAGGGAGGCAAUGAAACUAUCCCUUGAAGAUGUUUCUCAAGUGAUGAAUGCAGUUUCACAAUAUCAUGCACCAAGCACCACUAAGGUAUUUUAAAACUAGUUUUUAUUUUAAUUCACAUAAAAAUGAACACAUUUAAAAAAUUCUCUUUAGCCAUCAACUAUACAUAUUUUCCCAAUUUUUUUUAAGAUGAAGGAGAAAACAGUUCACAAAAUGUGUGACCCCUCUAGCCAACUGAAACUUCUAUUUGCUACAGAGGCAUACAGCAUGGGAACAGAUGCACCAAAUAUUCGGCGAAUCAUACAUUUCGGUCCCCCAUCAUCACUGGAAACGUACUUGCAGGAGAUAGGAAGAGGUGGGAGAGAUGGGGCCCAGUGCAUCGCAACUCUGUUUUAUAACGCAAGUGACAUACGAAGCAACGUCAAAAACAUGAAAGAAGAAGUCAAACAGUUUUGCGCGCUAAAAACAUGCAGGCGAAAAUUUCUUACUGACCACUUUGGAUUUUCUUAUGAACAAAAUAUGACACCGCAUACAUGUUGCGAUGUUUGUGAGCUAAAAUGCCAAUGUGACAAUUGUAUUGUCGCCAUUGCUGAUAAAAUAGAAAAUGACGUAGCAAUGGAAUCGCAAGCAUCAAGUCGUAAAACUAAAAAUUCUACAUUACUUGUCGAAGUUCUAAGUGCGUAUUUUGAUGCUGAAAACAGUCAAUUGGAUAUUCCAAACCCAGAUGUAUUUACUGGUCUCUCUAAAUCAUUGUUAACAGAUCUUGUCAAUUCAACUGAAGAUUUUGAAAGUGAGGAUUGUUUAAAGCAGAAGUUUAGUCACUUGCAACCUCAUUUUUUGAGCAACAUAUAUGAAAUCAUACAGAACGUAAGUGAAAUCUAAUUAAUUUCCAUAUUCAACGGAAAACUGGAGCUUUUUAUUUUCUAUCCAACGGUGGUAGUUGGUUACAUUAAUAUUUGUAGACGAGGAAGCCUGGAUAUCGGAGAACUGUUCGUGUUGGCGCCCUUCUUCAAACGAAAAAGGUCUAACCUCUCUCAGUUCAUUUAGAAUUGACAGUUCGUCACCAACAGCUGAUUUGUCGGAAUGUCGUUUUGAUCUUUCGACAACACCUGAGAUUUCAUCAUAAUGCUCAGCAAUUUCUCUGAUGCUUGAUAUGGCACUAGACCUGUUCCUAACAUUUCUUUCAGUUUUGUUGGAGAACAUAUGCUUGAUAUGUUCUUUUAUUUGUUUAACUAAGUAUUCCAUCCUCCUGUCUGCUGGAAUAUGUCCGUUUACUUGUCCUGAUGUGUUGACAAAUAAACCGUAAAAUUCUUCGUUUGCAGCUUUCUCAGAUAGGAUACACGUUUGAUGUACAAGUAAUCUCAUGAUUUCAUAUGCAUAUUUUGAUAGAUUGUUGUUACUUUUAAAUAUGAGCAUGGUAUUUCUUAAGAGACAGAGGCC